AAGAUUUUCUUGGCCAAUACCGAUAGCCGAUUAUUAACCAGCCAUAUCUGCUGAUACUGAUCUGAUAACCAACUUAAAGGAAUGCAGCCAGACAGCAUGGAGAACAGCUCCCUGCAGAGAACAGAUCCACAGCUCCUUGCUCAAUUCUAUUAUGCAGAUGAAGAACUGAAUCAAGUAGCAGCUGAACUGGACAGUUUGGAUGGAAGAAAAGACCCGCAAAGAUGCACUCUGUUGGUCAACCAGUUUCGCUCUUGUCAGGAUAAUGUUUUAAACAUCAUAAAUCAGAUCAUGGAUGAAUGCAUUCCACAUGACCGGGCCAAUCGGGACUUCUGUGUGAAAUUUCCAGAGGAAAUACGCCAUGACAACCUUGCAGGGCAGCUUUGGUUUGGAGCAGAGUGCUUGGCUGCUGGUUCAAUUAUUAUGAAUCGUGAAAUUGAGAGUAUGGCUAUGAGACCAUUGGCUAAGGAUCUGACUCGUAGCCUGGAGGAAGUAAGAAACAUUAUUCGUGACCAGGCCCUACGGGAUUUGAAUCUUUACACAGAAAAAAUGAGGGACUCGCUCAGACAUUUUGAUAUCCUUUUUGCUGAAUUUGAGUUAAGUUAUGUAUCAGCCAUGGUACCUGUAAAAUCUCCAAAAGAAUACUAUGUACAGCAAGAGGUAAUCGUGCUUUUUUGCGAAACAGUAGAGAGAGCUCUGAAGCUUGGAUACCUCACUCAAGACAUGAUUGAUGACUAUGAACCAGCAUUAAUGUUUACCAUCCCAAGAUUAGCAAUUGUGUGUGGGCUUGUAGUUUACUCUGAAGGACCCCUGAACCUGGACCACAAACCAGAAGAUAUGUCUGAGCUUUUCAGACCCUUCCAUACUUUGCUACGAAAAAUAAGGGACCUCCUCCAGACCUUAACUGAUGAUGAGUUGCACACACUGGAAUGUAACCUCUGCAUAUCCCAAGACCUGGAUUUUCCUGUCAGAACAGAUCCUGAAGUGCCAUCUGUCAUUACGCCUGCCUUAGCGGCAACUUUACCCACUGAAGAGCUUUCAGCAAAAGCUGAAAACACAGAGACUGAACUAGCUUGCUCUAUGCAGUAUGAUGAGCAGGAAUUGGAACAGCUGAAUAGGAUGGUCCAUAGAGUAGGAGAUGAGAUGUCAUCUUUGCUGUCCCCACCAAGCAUCUGCCAGUCCCCAGCACAUAGACCUGGCAUAAGAAGCAGCUCCAGCUCAGAGGCCUCCCCAAGCAGGCAGUGUCUUCACAAUUUAACUGAUGAAGAAGACAGAGUGUUUUUUAUGGAUGACCUAGAUGGAGCUGGUGAAGCUCUUGCUGGGUUGGAUUCAGCUAAUGACACUUUUGCGUGGGUGAACAGCCCUUGCCACAAUUCAAAGCAGAGUGUGCGGUACAGGGACCCCUUAGUGUAUGAGAAUGGUCAUGAGACAGAAGCAAUUUUACUUUUGAAACAGGCAGAAAGUGACUUAACCAAUAACAACACCAUUGAAGAUAGCAAACAGAUGUCUGGUAUCUCUGUUCAGAAUUCAUGCAGCUGUUUAGAAGGCCCUGAUUCUCAGUUAUACCUCAAUGGGUGGGAUGCAUACGCUGAUGAUGCAGAAACAGCAGAGAUGAUAGCCCAUAGGACUGGUGGAAUGAAAAUAUCUGCUACUGUAAUAUUUAAUCCCAAAUCUCCCUCUACUUCAGACUCCCUGGAAACAACCCCAGAAGUAGCCGUUGGCUGUGUUCCUGGGUCUUCUGAUCCUUUAGCUGAUGAAGAGGAGAAUGAAGCCCAUAAACUCAGUAUAGCUGCCACAAACUGUCUAAUUAAUUCCUGUGUAUGUUGUGGCAGCUGUGAAGACAGCAGGGAGGAAAAUAUUGAAGGUAUAAAGACCAAACAUUCCCCAGGAAAAGUUAUAAAUGCUUCAUAUAGUUUAGUGAAAUCUAAAGAAAAGGACCAUAUGGAUAAAUUGGACAGUACAGUCUCUGCACAGGAGGCAUUAAAAACUGAAACUUCUCCUGCUUUGCUAGCAGAGACAGACUCUGGCAGAGAAGAGCAAAAACUGUCUAGCUCCUCUAAGUGCCUGGCACAUUCCUCAGGUUCGCAGGUGGGAACAGAACAUGCACCACAGGUAGAGGUGGAAAUCUCCAAUCAGCAAAAGAAAUGGGAGAAAAGAAGGCAGGCAUGUGCGAUGCAAUCAGAGAACAAUGAAGAAAGUGGCAGUGAAAGGAUAGCAAAGGAAGACAUUAAAUCAAGAUCUAGUUCAAGUUCUCAGGAUGGCUUACGUGAUUCUCCCCUCAGCUCCAUCUCCAGCAGUGACUAUGAGAGUGUUUCUGUCACUACAUGUAGUCUCUCCAGCAUAUACGCUCUGAGCAGUUUAAUGACGAGCUCUUGUUCAUCUGAUGACAUCGAUCAGGAGGAAAUCCAGCUUGCCUUGCAGGCUGCUAAAAUUGCUACCCGAGAAAAGAUAAGAUCCCGAUUUCAUGGCAGCAAUGACCUUAUUCACAGGCUCUUUGUCUGCAUCUCAGGUGUUGCUGACCAGUUGCAGACAAACUAUGCCAGUGACUUGCGAAGCAUCCUGAAGACCUUAUUUGAAGUUAUGGCAACCAAACCUGAAACAGAGGACAAGGAAAAACAAAAGAAAGUUAAUCAGAGUUUAAGGAAUGCAGCACUAGAAGACUGUGCUUUAUGCCAGGAAACCGUAUCUUCUUCAGAACUUGCAGCAAAGGCCAGAGAUGGGGACUUUGAAGAUCCUCCUGACUGGGUGCCAGAUGAAGUCUGCAGCUACUGCACUGCAUGCAAAGCUCCGUUCACAGUCAUUCGCAGGAAGCACCAUUGUAGGAGCUGUGGCAAGAUCUUCUGCUCUCGCUGUUCCUCUCAUUCUGCUCCGUUACCUCGAUAUGGUCAGAUGAAGCCUGUCCGGGUUUGCACUCACUGUUACAUGUUCCAUGUCACUCCUUUCUACAGUGACAAAGCUGGUAUCUGACGCACUGAGUCAGCGAUGCACCUACUGGAGUCUGAAAUCGACUGAUCUUAUGUUUGAUCUAAGCCAAGAAUGAACUUGAAGGAAGGACCUUGUUGCGGGCAUGUAGGCUUUGACAUCCAUUAUUUUCAAUUUUGUACAGACACUUUUUAUUGCAUUUUAUUAAGCUGCUAAAGGGAAGUACAAAGUGUCUGUAGCUGUAUGGCUGCAAUACUGUCUUCCAUAAAUUUCUAAUGUUAGCGUUCCAAUGCCAUAUGCAGAACAGACGUGCCGCGUGGAAGGAAAUAGGGCUCAGUGGACUGAACCUACAUCGCUGCUGCUUAUCUGACACACGCAGAACACAGUCGCUGGUUAACUCUGACUAACUCAGCACAGCAGAUCAGUUCCACAGCCAGGACACUUCUGUACUUGCUAGUGUUCUAGCUCUCCCUCUUGUUGCUAUUUUAGCUUUUCCAUUGCUGGAUACAAGCCGCCUGAGCUAGCAUUAAUUAAGGCAAAUAUGUUAAGCUCAUAUUCAGUAUUCACAUAGGCAAAAUUCUCUUUGAACAACAGAGGAAAAAUCCAAAGUCCCAGAGCAGUAUGUUUCUGCUGCCUCUCGCUGAGCACAGCAAUAACUUGGAGUAUCUUUUGAAAAUUAGUUCUUGCAUCUUUUAAUUUAUUUAUUUCCAGUUAGGGAUUUUUUUGAAGCAUCAUUGAUGCAAACUCCAGAUGAUGAAAUCCUGAUGCAUGAGAGAGUUUGGUUUGCAAUAUUGAUAAUAAAAUACUAAGAAAAGUUCCAGAGGAAAGAGUUAGUGGAUGAAUGAAUUGCUAUUAAAAAAAACUUUAUUUUUGAAAAGUUUAGCAGCAUUAGUACAGUAUGCAUGACAGACCGGAGUUAUCCCAAGCUCCGCUUUUGAAAUGAUUUUUUUAAAGGCAAACUAGUAUCACCACUUUAUAUUUUUAUUCAAAAAGUCCUACAGAUUGGUCAAGUAUAUAAAGUUUAUUUAUCAUCCAUAGUUUGCAGAGUAAUUUUAUAAAACAUGUCAGGCUCUUCCUUUUAGACGUAAGUCACACUAACGCCUCAUAAGACGCAUCUAUUUUAAUACACAUAUAUGUAUUAAAAUGUACAUAUACAUAGACAUAAAUUAUGCUUCUCUUUGGAGAGGAAAAUAAAAGAUUCACAGGGUCAUGUGGUGAUCUUACACAAGUGAUAUGCAGUAGGAGUUCUGUGAGCACCGGGGUUUGGAGGUGUCUGGACAUGUUUGAUUUUAGCCACAUUCAAAGAAAAACACUGUUCUGUGGUUACAGAGGAAAUGAGAUCAAGAGCUCUUUGCUGACUUGCGGUGUUAACUGAAUGUUUCGAGCUGAUACAGAGAAAACUGCGUUAUUUCACUCAAGCGUCCUCAUUUAAAAUGAUAAAGCAAAAACUGGUCUGUGCGUAUUUUUUAUUUUGUGGACACUUCCUUUGCUAUGUAGUUUUAUAUCAAAUGUAAUGGAGCCACAUAAACAUAGCAGUUUGUUGGCAUCGCUGUCGUUUAAAUCGGAUGAAACAGCUUCACCUAGUUUGUGAAAGGCACAAGUCUUAUGAUCUGUCUGUAGACACAUUCAGCAGUAGGAUGUUAGCCUCACUUUAUUUAUAAUUGUUUUGCAAAUUCCCUUCCAAGAAAUCCUCAAGUCGGCAUGUCUACAGUCACCGGAGUUUAGAGAGACCCAGGGUGGAUACCUCAGGAGCUGGGUAAUGUGGUACAAGCAGUGAUACUUAUUCAGGCUUAAAUCUCAGGCUUCACAUGCAAUGAUUAUUGCAGUUUUAUUUUUAGAGAAACAACAAAUCUAAUGCUUCUUUUAUAGGAUGAAAAAAAAUACAACCGACUUCAGUUAUGAAAUAAAUAUGCACAAAAGUUGCUUCUGUGGAACAAAGUAAUUAUUUAAUGGACUGAAUAUUUAUUCAAGCUUGUUUUUAUUUUGUAAAUGCUGUAAUUCAGAAUCAUUUCCAUAAAUAUGAUAUUUAAAGAUCUCAGACGCUAUAGUUUCUUAUGUAAAUACAAACUCCUAUUUCUCUUACUGAAAAGCACAAUGACUAUAUCAAUAUGCAUUUGCCUCAAGGAAGACUUUGCUCUUGUAAUCUCUUCAGAUGAUUAAAAUGUCAGGACUUUCUA